UUCGCAAGGAGUCCUGGGUAUAGUAUUGUUAAGGGCUUAAUUUUUUCUCUUGGUCUUGAACCGAAAUUGUUUCCGAUCUCCUCAGUUCCACAACCAAAUAACGAAAUGGCUGGUGGUAAGGCAGGGAAAGACAGUGGCAAAGCCAAGGCGAAAGCYGUGUCGCGCUCCCAGAGAGCUGGACUGCAGUUCCCAGUGGGUCGUAUCCACAGGCACUUGAAGACUCGUACUACCAGCCAUGGCCGUGUAGGAGCCACAGCGGCCGUGUACAGUGCUGCCAUCCUCGAAUACCUCACCGCUGAGGUGCUGGAGUUGGCGGGCAACGCUUCCAAAGAUCUGAAGGUGAAGCGCAUCACUCCUCGCCACUUGCAGCUCGCUAUCCGUGGAGACGAGGAGUUGGACUCCCUCAUCAAGGCCACCAUUGCUGGAGGAGGUGUGAUCCCUCACAUCCACAAGUCCUUGAUCGGGAAGAAGGGUCAGCAGAAGACUGCAUAGACAGACCAUCUUGUUGACUGUGAAGGCUUGUAUUCUGACUGGACUGUGUUCGGAGACGCUUGUAUUCAGACUGACUUGACUGACCAGAACUUCACAUUUGAUAUUUUAUUAUUAAUGUUAUAGCUAACAAUGAGUGAUUAAGUUUUUUUUCAUUAUUGUAAUAUUUCCCAUAACAAGAAAAACUCUAAGACAAACACAUUUCUAUUAGGGCUGGGCGAUUAUGUUCUAAAAAUCUGAUUCCCCCCUUUUUUUUCAAACUUAUGGACGGUUCCUAAAUGUAAUUUAAAAAAGUUAUUGUAAAGGUCAUACACUGCAUUUUAAAACAGUCAAGCAACAAUCUAAUUCGGGGCUUGAAAAAUUAUACCUAGGCUAAAUAUACGCKUUCCACAACACACUAAUUAUUUUAUCAUAGUAGUUUAACAUGCUUUUUUGCAAUCACUGAUCUAGCUUUCAAGUUUAUGAAAAUUCUCUUUUCUUACAAAUUUAACCAGAAACAUGCAUAAUAUACAUUCACUAAUAAUUAACUUAUUGUAGCAGG